UUCAAUAUAGUCAGGAGAUGAGUCUGUUGCUUCACAUUUUGCCCUUGUCACUGCAUAUGAAGACGUAAAGAAACGACUUAAGGAUUCAGAAAAAAAGAACUCUUUCUUAAAAAAAAGAAUAAGAUUUUUGGAAGAAAAGCUUAUAGGAGCUCAGUCAGAUGAAGAAACAAGUUCUGUGGGAUGAAAAGUAAAUAAGGCCUAUCAUGCAUAUCAAGAGGUCUGCAUUGAUAGAGAUAAUUUGAAGAGCAAAUUGGAUAAAAUGAAUAAAGACAACUCUGAAUCUUUGAAAGCAUUGAACGAACAGCUACAAUCUAAAGAAGCAGAACUCCUCCAGCUAAGGACAGAAGUGGAAACUCAACAGGUGAUGAGGAAUUUAAAUCCCCCUUCAUCUAACGGGGAGGUGGAAAAGUUGAGCUGUGACUUGAAGAUCCAUGGAUUGCAACAAGAGCUGAAACUGAUAAGGAAAGAAUGUAAUGAUCUCAAAAUAGAGCUACAAAAAUCCAAACAUGAUCUGUCUCAGGAAGACAAUCUGAAGAGCAGAGAUCUCCAAAGACUAAACAUUUCAAGUGAUAACAUACAACAGGCAUACUGGGAACUGAAGAGAGAAAUGUCUAAUUUACAUCUGGUGACCCAAGUACAAGCUGGACUACUAAGAAAACUGAAAACUCCAACUGCAAUCAAGAAAGCCUGUGUCUCAGUAGGAUGUGUUGAAGACCUUGGAAAAGAUAACACAAAACUGCACUUGACGAAUUUUACUGCAACAUGUAAAAGACAUACCUCUGUGUCACCGAAUGGCAAAGCUCUUUGUCAUACCACAUCUUCCCCUUUACCAGGAGACAUAAAAAUUUUAUCUGAGAAACCAGUUCUUCAAUCGUGGACAGAUAAUGAGCGAUCCAUUUCUAAUGAUGGUGCAAACUUUCAGGAACACAACUCUUAUGGCAGAAAUUCCCUGGAAGAUAAUUCUUGGGUAUUCCCAAGCCCUCCUAAAUCAAGUGAGACUGCAUUUGGGGAAACUAGAAGUAAAACUUUGCCUUUACCCAACUUGCCACCACUGCAUUACUUGGAUCAACAUAAUCAAAACUGUCUUUAUAAGAAUUAA